AUGUUGUCCCACGUGUUCGACACUGCUAAACGUAUAUUGAGUCGCUCGCCGUCAUAUCAGGGAGAGAUCCAAGAAGCCACCAAGAAUAUACCGAGAAGCGCAAGCGCAGCUGCUGAGGACGAAGCCAUGGUUACAACACGACGAGGUACCGGCACUGAAGGGUCAGUUCAGAGCACGCCGGCGAGCUCCACAAGAAGCACGAGAGGGAAGCGGCAUUUGGAAGUUGAGGUGCAGGAGACACCCACCGCGAUUAAGAGGCGAAAGAAGAUUGUGUCCAAGGAAGAGCCCGCUACGCAAGGAAAUGUUGAAGAGGCUCAGAAUACCAUUGAGGCCUCUGUAGCCGAAGAAACGAAGGAUUCGGAUUCCGUCACAAAAUCGAUGCCGCACAGGACGAGGAGCAAGAAAACCCUCGAUCUUGCCGAAGCAAGCACACCCAUCGCACGUCGCGGUAGUCCUAAGAUAGUCAUACCGGAGCCUGCGUCGGAACGAUCUGCUGAUGAAGCAGACGUUUUCUACACGCCAGCGCAACAUUCAUUUGCAACAACUGCAGACGAGGAAGAUAGGGAAGGUUCCAUCACUCCCAAGCCUACUACAAAAGCUAUCAAGGCGACACCUGCAUCUGGUAAAGGAUCUGGCAAGAGGGGAAGACCGAGGAAACAUCCUGAGGCUCCUUCACCAGAAAAGAGUCCUAUCGCAUCGAAAUUGGCGGAAGAGAUACCUUCUUCAACCUGGGAGAGCGAGCAGGCUCCACUCUCUCCAGUAAAGCAGGACGUGGGUUCUGGUCUUUCGAAAGAGAUCACGUGGAAAUCUACAGAGCAAUCUGAAAGCUCAAAGAAGCAGCAGGAACCGGACACUGAUGCUGCUCAAGGUGCUGGCGCAGUGGAACAGCCAUCAAAGGAUCAGGUCCAAGAUCUAGCAUCACUUGGUAUUGCAUUCGAAGACGUGGCGCCAGAUACCGCGAUAGUCCCUCCUCGAAAACAUAAACGCUUCGGCAGUGAGGAGCCUGCCGAGACCACCGUGCAGGUCAAGUCAAAGGAAGCUCCAGCAGCAGCCGAACCAGAGGACGAUGGAAGCGACUCCGAUGAAGCUCCCGAAAUGGUCACCACUUCGGUGGCCGAGUCCAAAGCCAAAGCUGCAGCUGAGGAAACAUCGCGCGCGCGACAAGCGCAACAAGCGAAAGAAGAGAGUCGUCGCCAAGAGCGCGCAGAUCGCAUAGCUCAACAGCAGACCGAGAAACGCGAACGUGAGGAGAAAAAAGCGCGAAAGUUGGCUAAGAGCCAAGCGAAGCUCGCUCGCCGACAGCAACGCGAAGAUUCAUCUCCAGGGAGGGCGCCAAUGGACGUGGACAUGCACAAUCUCCCGGAUCUACUGCCAGAUUCAAUCCUUGAAGCGGCAGGCGAUCGUCGACCCCCUACGCCUCCGCCUGUUCGCGGGGGCAAGACAGAAGAAGAAGUGAGGAAAGAGAAGAUGAACAGGCAUAUCAAGUUCUUGGAGCGUGGCGAGAAGUCUAUCAAGGAUGUGAAGAAAGGAAAGGUCAACGUUUCGGUGUUAGCACAGCGAAAUGCACUACUCGCACCGAAGGUCAAUCGUGACACGAAGAAUAUCAGGGAACACUGGUUGAAGGGGCGUGAGGCCGAUAGGAAGGGUCGCGGAGGUAGAAAGGGGUUCACAUUCAAGAAGAUGGAAAGGAGAGCCGUAGGUGGAGGAGGGUUCUUGAGGGGUGGUGGUGAUGACUAG